GGUACACGUACAAAAACACUAAGUUAUCGUCAAUCCACAGGACGAAAGCAUAUCAAGCGUAAGCCAUGGAAGCGACAGUUAAUGAUCAGCAACUCUCUCAGUCUACGAGUCUGUCGACGGAAACUUUACCGGAACCAUUGUUCGAUCUGGAUCUAGACAGGAAAUAUAUGUGUCCAGUUUGUUUAUGUGUCCUGAAGGAGCCAGUGCAGACGUCUUGUGGACAUCGCUUCUGUAAGGCGUGCAUAAGAGGAACAUUCGACCUACCGACGUACGUGUGUUCACAGGUCCGAAACAAUAUCCGGGUACCAUUCUCGAGAUGUCCCGUAGACAAUACGUACUUCCACAUAGAGAAAGAGUUAUUUUCCGACAACGCCAUUAAGCGGGAAGUUCUGUCAUUAAACGUCCGCUGUCCUAACAUUCAAAAUGAAUGUGGCUGGAAUGGUGAACUGCGGAACUACAGCGAGCAUGAGCGACAAUGCAUGUAUAAAGUGAUUUCCUGUGAGAACGGAUGUGGAGUGCGCGUGAUCCGGAAGGACAUGUCCCAUCACCAGGAGGAGUGCUCCCUGAGGAUAGUUUUCUGUCCCCACUGUCAGAAACAGAUGGCUCACAAUAUCAUGUCGAAACACGAGGUUCUGGUGUGUCAGAACUUUCCUGUCCAGUGUUUGCAGUGUGGUCAGGUCGGGAUCAAACGGAAAGACAUCGGCAGUCACAUGAGCAAGGAGACCGGGGACUGUCCAAUCACAAUCAUCGACUGUCCUUUCAAAGUGUAUGGCUGUCAAGUAACGACUACGAGAUUAUGUAUGGCAUCCCACCUCGAAGACAGCUGCCACACCCAUCUCUCCUACGUGAUGGACCAUGUGCUGACACAGGAUCGACAUAUUGCCGAGCUGGUAAAUGAGGUUACAAAUAUUCGCCAGGUGUUGUUGCAGCAAAGAGAACAGCAACUAUCCAUCGACGAGUUUCCCGGAACUGCUGAUGACACUAAUGUUGUCUAACUCGUUUACAAUCCAUUUUUUAAAUCAUCAUUUCAGACUGUCUAUAACAUCAAAACUUGAACAGCGUCGGGCUAACGGUAACGUCAGAAUGUCUAAGAUAUCGUCAGGCUAGCAAUAGUGGUAAAUAUGUCGACAGCGUCAGAUUGUCAAUAGCGUCACACGACAGACUACAGCGUCAGAUUGUCAAUAGCGUCACACGACAGACUACAACGUCAGAUUGUCAAUAGCGUCACAAGAGAAACUACAGCGUCAGAUUGUCAAUAGCGUCACAGGACAGACUACAGCGUCAUAUUGUCAAUAGCGUCACACGACAGACUACAGCGUCAGAUUGUCAAUAGCGUCACACGACAGACUACAGCGUCAGAUUGUCAAUAGCAUCACACGGCAGACUACAGCGUCAAAUUGUCAAUAGCGUCACACGACAGACUACAACGUCAGAUUGUCAAUAGCGUCACACGACAGACUACAGCGGCAGAUUGUCAAUAGCGUCACACGACAGACUACAGCGUCAUAUUGUCAAUAGCAUCACAAGACAGACUACAGCGUCAGAUUGUCAAUAGCGUCACAAGACAGACAACAGCGUCAGAUUGUCAAUAGCGUCACACGACAGACUACAACGUCAGAUUGUCAAUAGCGUCACACGGCAGACUACAGCGUCAAAUUGUCAAUAGCGUCACACGACAGACUACAACGUCAGAUUGUCAAUAGCGUCACACGACAGACUACAGCGUCAGAUUGCCAAUAGCGUCACACGACAUACUACAGCGUCAGAUUGUCAAUAGCGUCACACGACAGACUACAGCGUCAGAUUGUCAAUAGCGUCACAUGACAGACUACAGCGUUGCUUCUAACUGUCAGUAGCGUCAGACAGCCUUUCCCGUCAUAGUGCCAGUAGCGUCAAAAUAUCAGAGGCGGCAGACUGUCCUAUCGCCCGACUGUCCGUGGUGUCAGCCUGCCAAUAGCAUCCGACUGCCAUUACCGUCGGACUGUCUGAAGCGUCAAAAUAUCAGUAGCGAGAUUCUGUCAUUUUUGACCCACUAUUAGCAGUAUCAAAUGACUUUGGCGCAUUGCUCUAAUAUGAUUCUUUAAACAAUUCAUUAGUAUUAACCAAUGCAGUGAUUGAUGACGGCUUGUCAUUGGAUCAAUAUAUUCGUUAAUGAGCUUAUGUUUUAUUUUUAGUUUCCAGCAAUUAUGUAGUGAAAGUAAUUUGAUUUUCAAGUUUUUAGUCUUUUUUCAACGUAUUCGUUAUGCUGAAGUAUCUAUCACAGAACAUAAUGUUAAAACUGCUGGACAUGAGGUAUCUCCAAGCCAUCUCCGGUUUGUGUUCAGUUGAAUUUCAAAUCGUUAAGGGAAAAAGGAACAUGGUCAAAUCAUAUUUUUAUAACAAUGCAUGUUAACGUUGGAUGUUGCGAUGAUGUAUGGUAUGUAUAAACAAAUAAAGCAUGUAUAAACAUCGAGAAA